UUUGAUUGAGAAGUUGCAUCUUUCGUGUGUCUUCUUCCAAAGUCGAUUAUUGUAAAGAUGGCGAGCGCUGACUAUGGCGCCGAGGAGAAAAGAGCCGAAAGCAUCGUUCCAAAUUCUGAUAAGAGUGACGAUGGAGUAAACCAAUUUGAAAAGAAAGCAGAACAGACGGCCCACGAUGCAGCAGAUGAUGGGCAUGCAGCUACUGAUCGGUUUGUUCAUUGUGCUCCUCACAAGUGGAUCAGUUUUUGACAAAUUACAGAUAUGGAGCUGCACUCGUUCACAUCGAUCCAAUAGCCGAAAGGAAACUUACACGAAAAAUCGAUUUCUACGUUGUUCCUACAGUCGCCCUGUUAUAUCUUUUUUGCUUCAUCGAUCGAGCGAAUAUCGGUAAAUAGAUAUACUCCACACUACUCGUAUAGCUUCUGAUGAACUCACAGGUAACGCCAGACUCAAUAACCUCGAAAGGGACUUGGGGCUCAAGGGUGAUGAUUACAACAAAAUCUUAUCCAUCUUCUACAUAUCAUAUAUUCUUUUCGAGAUUCCUUCGAACAUGGCCUGCAAGUGGAUUGGGCCCGGAUGGUAUCUACCUGCUAUAUCUCUAGGGUUUGGAAUUAUUUCGGUUUGCACAGCUUUUGUUCACGACAUCCAUCAGAUCUCUGGAGUGCGCUUUCUUCUUGGUGUUUUUGAAGCGGGAAUGCUACCAGGAAUCGCGUACUAUAUGUCGAGAUGGUACACCAGAAGGGAAUUGGCGUUCAGAUUAUCUUUAUAUGUAGGUGCUCGAUGCUCCCUUCACAUGUCGAUUGCCAAGGUGGAAAUCGACCACCCCUCUUCAGGCUUGAAUUCCAACAAGAAAUAUCGUGCUAACAUCUUGCAGGUCGUUAUGGCGCCUCUUGCCGGCGCAUUCGGGGGUCUUCUUGCCUCUGGGAUCUUCAAGCUCCCCCAUUUCGGUGGCCUUCACACCUGGCGUAUGCUAUUCGCCAUCGAAGGGAUCAUCACCACCGGCCUCGCAGUGAUCUCCUUCUUCACUCUUACAGAUCGACCGGCGACAGCGAAAUGGCUCUCUCAAGCGGAAAAAGAAAUGGCAGUCGCACGCUUAAAGAUCGAGCGAGUAGGAACAACCGAAGUCCUGGAUAAGUUCGACAAAGCCAAAACACUCAAAGGCAUCUUCUCGCCAGUCACCCUUGCUACAUCUUUUAUCUUCUUGCUGGAUAAUAUUACUGUCCAAGGACUUGCAUUCUUCACGCCCACCAUUGUCAGGACAAUUUAUCCCCGUGAGACUGUUGUUCAGCAACAACUUCAUACGGUCCCUCCCUACAUAGUCGGGGGAUUUUUUACAUUGCUCUUUCCAUUUUUGAGUUCGAAGAUGGAUAAGCGCAAUAUCUUUCUUAUCGUCAGUGCGCCUUUGAUGAUAAUUGGAUAUAUUAUGUUCUUGGCCAGCGACGCUCCUACGACCCGGUACGGGGCCACCUGUAAGUUGAAUUAUUCCUUCACAAGCAUUUCAUAAUUCCCUGUCCAUUAUAUCCCCGUCAUAUUGGGAGUCGAGAUAUGUUCAAAUCUCCACCCUUCACAAAAACCCAAACUAAUAACCCAAAAGUCCUCAUCGCCUCAGGAGCCUACUCAUUCGGCGCCAUCUGCAACGCCCAAGUCUCCGCCAACGUCGUCUCCGACACCGCCCGCAGCUCCGCAAUCGGCACCGUCGUCAUGUUCGGAAACAUCGGCGGUCUAAUCUCCACCUGGUCCUUCCUCCCCAACGACGGACCCAAUUACCCCAUCGGGAACGGCCUCAAUCUCGCUACUUCUUGCACGGUGCUCCUCACUGCCAUUGCGUUGUUGUUCUGGAUGAAGAUGGAUAACCGGAAGCGCGAGAAGAGAGAUGUCGAUAGUGAGUUGGCGGGCUUGACGCCCGUGCAGAUUCAGGAUCUGGAUUAUAACCAUCCGGCUUUUAGGUGGAAGCCCUGA